AUGCGCCGUGAUGAUAAGCGGCGGAGAAUAAAAAAGUCUGAUGCUCUCGAAGACUCGAUGUUGAGGGAUGAAUCGGAACGGGUUCACGAACUCGACCUAAACUCGCAAACGGCCAACCAAUCUCAACCGGGUCAAUAUCAGCCUCAAGCCGCAUACCAGCGGUAUGACCCGGCGAACGCUUCCAAUAACACUUCCAACGGUAACCAACACCCGAAUGAACUUUACCCACCCGCCGCCUUCUCCUACUCCGGCCUACAUCCCACCCCACAAAAUAACAUAGAUACGACCCCAGGAUCCAUCAUCUCCAACGCCACCUCCGCAUCCUCCGCAAUCUCGCCCAACGGCACACGUACCAAAAGACGCCGUAUUGAUCCAGAGAGCCGCACGAUCGUCAACGCGAGCCUGAGCAAUGAGAUGGACGCGCUCGAGAUUCUUGCGAGCGCUGCGACGGAUGGGAACGAGAACCGGGGGCAGGGGAGCAAUGGGGUCAAGAAAGUGUCGUGGGGUGUGGAGGAGAAGGAGAAGACGCCGAUGAGAGAGCUGAGUGCGUUCCCAUUGAUCAAAGCGGGUAUCAUCGACGAAGCCGGGUUGCACGAGAUGGUUCAACUAUUCUUUCAACACUACCACCCCACCCUCCCGAUAUUCCAAACAGCCCGUAUACCCCGUACCCGCGCCCAGCUAGACGCCCUUGCAGCAAACGAGACCUUCCUCCUCACAUGCAUCAUCGCCGUCGCCUCCCGCCACCCCCCGUCCCCUACCUACGCCCACGUCCACGACCAAACAUGGUCCAUCCUCCGGGACGCCCUCGCAGACUAUUCCUUCGCCGGUCUACAAGCCUCGGUAGGGUUUGUGGAAGGGGUAUUGCUUUUGGCAGAGUAUCUCCCGAAAGAAGGGGUAAGGCCGGCGGGGGAGGUUAGUAUGGAGAUGUUUGGUGGGGGUGGGAGGGGGCAGGAGGCUGGGGGGAUACAUGGGUCGGAUAAUAGGAGGAGCUGGGCGUUGAUUGGGGUUGCGAUACGUGCUGCGUAUCUUCUUGGCUUGGAUCAGAUAGCCCUGGAAAUUGACGAAUUGCGGCGUACUCCCGACGUCGAAAGAGCUCGAAGUGUCUGGACUUGGUGCUACCUAUACGACCGCACAAUAGAUGAAACAGGUCUCGCAUUCUGGUCCCGCGGCCCCUCCCUCUGCUUUGUCGGCUACUCGCACGUCUCCCAAACCGGCCAAGCCGCCGCCCGACUCAACUUCCCAUACCAGCUCUCCCAGUCUUCCGGUUCCAGCACAGAUGACCAGCAGCACGAUGACUCGGCGUCUUUGAUGCAGAGUAUGGUGGAAUUGACGCAGGUGAUGACGAAUGCGCAUGGUAUCUUGUAUCCGAGUAGAUUGAGGACGGAAACGCUUGUGAGGCAGGGAGAGUACUUUUUGUUCUUGGAUAGUUUCAAGAGAGCGCUGGAUAGCUACAAGAUUGUAUGGCAGCCGAAGAAAUGGUCCAACCCUGUACUCGAAGAGCUCAGUUGGAUGACCUUCCACUUUGUCAGGCAAGUACUAUACAUAUCCUCCUUUGGCUACUCGGCGCACAUCAAAAGAGCUCAGUGGCGCGCCGAAGAAGAUGCAGCCGCCGGUCGCGAACGUCAGCCCGUCCAGCUGUUUCCUCGUGGGACGGCAGCGUCGCCGGAUGCGUUGUACAUCUAUGAUUCGAUCAGCGCGGCCAACGAGGUGUUACAUAUUGCCUUGCGCUUGGGCCAGAUGGAUGCUCUGCGGUAUCUCCCGUCGAGAUACUUGAUUAAUAUCUCGUAUGCUGCUGUAUUCGCUUUGAAGAGUAAUUACACCGAGACGGGCGAAGGAAAAGAAAAUACUUUCAAGACCCGAGAGCUAGUCGACGAGGUGUGUCAUGAGCUGGGGGUGUCUUGCUCAGACAAGGACCAUUUGGCAGUGAGGUUACUGAGGUAUGGGCAUAUGCUUCGCAUGUUGUCAAAAAAGCUUGAGCAGGUACACGAAGCGGUUAGCACUGCUCCUUCUCGCAUGCCUUCGCCAGAACCACCAGUAACAGCAAGACAUGCUCAAAUCAACGUUAAUGCUAUCCCCCAAGAGCAGGGCCGGCCCUGGCCUGAACCUCAACCCCAAACGAGCACAUCGGACAUCCCGGCCGCCCUCACCCCCGCCUCAUUCCAGCUCCCUCCAUUCCCCGACAUGUCUUUCAUCCACCCGGGCGCGAAUGUGUACAAUCCAGAAAACCCACAGCAACAGGUGUCCAUGUUUGAUUAUGGGGAUAUGGGGCAGUUUGAUAUAGAUUUGAAGGGGUUUUGGGACGAGUUCAACUUGGGAGAAGGGGGUGGGUUUCCGUUCAACUAA